ACGCACGUCAGAGCAAGAAACUUCAUAACUCCACAUUGGGUUGGAUACGCUUUUCGUUUUCUCUUUUGCAAAAUGUGUUCUUAGCGAAAAAUACUCAAGAUUUUAUCCAUGACGGACACAAAACACACCCGUGGACAUUCUAGGAAGUUAAAAAUCGGAGUUGGCGGGAAGCCUGUGCAAAGCUGGCAACAUGAAGUCGAAAUGCAGCCUACGAGCUCCCUGGCAAGGGCAACAGCCGCUCAGAAUACAGAUUCGCAUCAAGAAAGUGGUCUGAGUCGUCAUCCCGUCGCUCAGGGAACGCAACAAGCGUUUGCUGCCAUCAACCCGCGCGGCAAAAAAGAAGCAACGACAUUCCCGGCAUUUCACUCGAAGAACGCUCCGGUCAAAGUCUCCGUAACUGGAGAAUGGGCUCUGAAGGAAUGCGAGGAACACACAUUCUGGGCUAACAACUUGUUAAAGAGAGGAAAGCGGAGACUUAUUUCCGACAUCCGCCGUUCGAUCGGUGAUGGCCAAACCUUGGUUUACGUUUUGGAAACCUUAGCUGGUCAGAAGAUCCCGGGCGUUUAUGCUCGUCCAGUAACCAGGGCACAAAAACUAGAAAAUCUACAGCUAUGUAUGAGUUUCAUGGGAAACAGAAAUAUAAACCUGCAGGGAAUUUAUGUUGGAGAUCUUAUUGAUGGUAACGUGAAAUCUGUGCUGAAUCUCUGCAGAAAUAUUAAAGCACAAUUUGAGGGAGGAUGGGUGUGUCCAGAUGGGCCACGCCCUGGCUCCUCUGGAUCAACCAAAGAGGAAGAUUUCCGAUUGAUGAGUGGCACAUUAUCUCAACAUCCUGUGACAAAUGGUUAUGAUGUGGAUCUGCGACUGCAUGGUAACAGUUCAGGAUACCACUCAGAUGAUGCAUCUCCCAUGAAGAAGAGUGAGGGAGCUCCAAUUCAAGAGUUCCGCAUGCCAGGAAUGCUUGACGGUCAUGAAGAGCAAUCCAGGAAAAUUGUGCAACCUUCUGAUGUUAUUAUAAUGAGCCGGACUGAAUUGGACAAAAGAGGGGUCUUGCAGACAAGUGAGAAUCCACAAGUUCGCACAAAUGGAACCAUUUCAUUGGAAGAAAGACUGAAAACAUUGUUGAGCUCUCCAAAUCCUGGAGGACAGGCUGGAGAGGAAACUGAGGAAGAGCUUAUCAUUCCACCACCACCAAAGGGAAAUCAUUUUAAUGAUGAUGAUGAUGAUGAUGAUGAUGGUGAUGUUGAGCGAAGACUUCAGUCGCUGUUGGAUGUCGCUGAAGAAGACAAACCUGAUAUGGAGAUUAAAACUAAGGACUUUAGUGGCUUGAAGGAGCUUGACAGGAUUGGUUAUGUGAGGAGCUAAAUUACCAUCAGCGCCGCUUAAAAGACAGACGAGACUAGAAUCAGAUUCGCCAGCUCAAUCACCAAGAUUUCACCGCAAAUUAACAACAGCCGUAGGACUAACAACAAGAGCAACAGCCGUUGCAUCCGAAAUACAGGCCUCACGACCACAAAUGCAAAGAACGAAGGAUAGGUCUGGUAGCGUGAACAGUACGCACAGUGAAAGUGGCCAUGCUAUGAGGCUUGUGAAAGGGGAAGGCACACCACCUAAACGUUUCCAAAGAACGAAUUCACGGUCAAACUUUUUGAAACAGGUCGCUGAAAAGCUGGCGGAUAGAUCAACGACGCCAACUGUUUCUGGAUCGGAGUCGGUGUCUCCAGCAGACACGCCAAUGCUGCCGACUCUUUCGCCCUCUUCUUCAGUGGCCACGUUUGUGUUCGUUAGUGAAUCAGAAUCGUCCGGUUUAAGUUCUGAUGAAGAAGAAGGUCGUCAUUGGCGGAGACGCUCAUCGGUUUCUUCAAGCAGAAGCCGGGGCGGGAGGGACAAAAGAAAUUCGAUUGCGUCAGGAAAAGCGAAGAGUACUCCAGAUUUACAGGAAAUUCGUACACAGCUGGAAUUCUUAGAGGAGAUGUACAGUGAAAUAUUGAUUAGCAAAGAUGUCGAAUCCAAGGAUUCCAAAAAGUCCAGCAAUAAAUUCAGCCAAAGAACAGCUGCAAUGCAAGCCAGCUUGGCAAGUUAUAAAAAGCAGAGGAACAAAGAUAUCAAGGCAGUAAACAAGCGCUUUGGUCGCUUAGAAUCUCAUGUGGUCACUCUCGCCAGAAGUGUGGCUCAUUUGUCAUCAGAAUUACGUUCACAAGCUUCGCUUAGUCAGGAUGUAGACGACAUGAGGCGGCAAGUACAAGAUCAACAACUCAAAACUAAGGAGGAGAGUGACGCGGCCAAGGAAAGCGCUCAGCUGCAGUCGAUAGUGAAAAAACUUAAGAGCUUUUUCGGUGAAGAUCCUCCACUUCUCGCUCUCUUUCUCAAGAAGCUCGGAUAUGAGAGAUUUGUAGACAACUUUGAAGCCGAACAAGUUGGCAUACUGGAGGUUGCCUACAUGACUGAAGAACGAUUACAAAGCUUGGGAAUUCCACUGGGUCCGAGGUUGAGAAUUAUGGAAGAAGUUAAGAAAUUUGUCUUGGAACACACGAAGAAAGUCGGCUAAACUUUGUUACAUGUAUUUUUAUUUAUAUGUGUGGUUCAUCUUUUUGUCCCCUUCUUGAAAUUCGUUAUGACAUGAAAAAGAGAGGGUAAGGAAAAGUAUUCGCGUAGUCAGGUUGCUACGUUAACUUCCGCCUUGGCGUGUUUGACUGGUUACGCAAUCGUUCCAGAAGUCGAGUUGGAGAUCACCAGACAACUAGCGUGAUAAACUUUUCGCAAGUCGUCAAAAAUUUCGUAUCGGUUAUUGACAUGACCGAAGAAUUGUCCACGACACUGGAGAGAACUCACUUAUUUGUUUUUAUGUUUGAGGUCAGAAUUCUUAUUUUGGGACUAGCGUCGUGUCCUUGGACUUUUUAAAAGCAAGUGAAACCAUGGGUCAAAAAAUAUUUUUCUAACGAAUGAUUUUUAUCGAGACCUCAACUGAAUCAUAAAUUUACUGUUUAUAACUUACGUCAAUGUAUAUGUUUCAAAAACCAACCUUCCAGAUAUUUAUGUUAUUGUAAUGUUAUUUUCGUUCUAUCCUCAUCACUACGUGAAGCUGAUGGAAGCCCUACUUAACAUGAUUGAUGGGCAAUAUUGUUUAUAAAACUUCAAAUACAUUUUUAAAAUUGCAUACCACAUCUACAAUUCAAAUUUAAUAUUUUAGGCAAGUAACAAUUUUUUGAAAAAGCUUCAGAGAUGUAUAUUUUCUUAGUAAAUAUUUUUCAAUAAAGGCAAUAAUUAUUUGUACAUUUA